AUGAACGUUGAUAUAUAAAAAGGUAGAGAAAGACCUGUUAGAAGAAACGGCUUAGUUAAUGGUCUUAAUCCAUAUCAAACUGUUAGUUGGAUUUAUACUCUUACUGAUAUUAUAAUAGCUUACAUCUUUGCAUUUUAGUUUGAAGAGCAGGGAAUGCAUGAACUCUUGCUAAUCUUAUUAACAAUCAUUGUUACAACCAUUUGUUACAGUUGUCUUAAGGCUACUCUAAUAGAUCCGACAGAUCCUAUAGUGAAAUAGGAAAUAUCAUACAAACAAUAAGGUAAGGAAUUUAAAACUGAGAUCAAAUCUUAUUGUCUAGUAUGUUAGGCACAUGUCUAAGAAAAAACUAAACAUUGUUGGAGUUGUAAUAAAUGUGUAUCACUUUUUGAUCAUCAUUGUAUAUGGCUCAAUAAUUGUGUUGGCGAAUAGAACUAUUCAUACUUUUUUAUAUUAGUUAUCUCCUUGGUCGCCUUUAAAAUAUUCAAAUUGGCCUUAGAUAUCAACCUGAUAUACUAUGCAGAUGAUUUAUAAAUACUAGUUUAUAUUUGCAUUGCAAUCGAUCCACCAGUCCUCAUCAUCCUAAUUUACUUAUUGUCCAUGCAUUUAUUUUUUAAAUACAAGCAUAUUACAACAUAUGAAUACAUAAAAUCAAAGUAGGACAAAAAAUAAUAAAUAAAUCAACAACAGCAUCCACAGCAAAAGUAGAAUUAAAAUGAAAGUGGAACUGGAUAUGGUUAGUUAUUAUCAACUUCAAAAAGAUUCGAUUUGAAAUCAUAAUUGUCUCUAAAAACUGCAGAUUCCAAAACAAAUAAACAGAACUAUUUUUCAAACAAACAAGAGGAUGAUAAAAAGAAUCCUUAAUAAUCUCCAUCUUAACCUUAAUUCACUUAGAUUCCUAGUUUAUUCACUUCAAAGCCGACAACUCCAGGGAAUGAUCAGGAUAGAAAGUAUCGAAUCUAAUAAUAGAAUUCCUAAUCCUAAGCAAAAGAUCUAGAUGAAAUAAGGGAUAAGUAGAUUUACAAUUAAGUGAUUGCAGAGGAUUCAGAACCUCAAAUGAAUGAAAGUUCAGAUGAAGAGUAGAAUGACAACUUUAACAAUAGUAAAAAUCAUUGUCCCAAGAAUAGCAAUGUUUCUUAGAUUGAUUAAGCUGUAAAUCAAUCAAUAUCUGUGGAGGUUGACUAAUAAAUCAUACAAGAGAAAUAGGAGGAAGUGAAUAAAGAGAUAGAGAAUGUAAAUUAAUCAGCAGAUCAAGAUAUAGUUAGUGUUUCGAACUAAUAGUCAUUACAUGCACAACAACCUCCUCCUCCUUAGAAUUGUUAUACAUUCUAAAUGGAUUUAAAUUCUGAAUAAUAGAAGAUUAUCAUAUCUCCGUCUAGUAAGAGAAAUAGUUAACAUUUAAUUGCUGAUAAUUGUACUGAAUGA